AUGCAGCUGUUCGAAGAUGAGGAGGGGCCCAGAGGCUCUGGGGGACUUACAGUAAACAAGCAGUAUGCGUCGAGAUUCGAGCACAACAAGAAGCGGGAGGAGCUACAUCGACUCAAGGAAAAGUAUCCCGAGCAGGCUGCACGCCUGGAGCGCCAGGACGAGGGGCUCAUCCCUGAUGAGAAGGAGUCUCGUAUCCUAGAAGUGCUCCAGAAGAUCCGUGCAAAGGACCCUGCUGUCUUUGACCCUACGGUCAAGUUCUUCCCAGACAGCGAGGGGGAGGAGCAGGAGGAUCAUGCAAAAGGUCGUAAGCAGAAGUCAGACAAACCCAUGCUGCUUAAAGACUACACAUACAAGCAGGCCAUGGAGGGCGUGCCUGAGCAGGACUCCACUGAUGAGGAGGCGCCACACACGUACAAGGAUGAGCAGCACGACGCAAAGUCUGCGUUCCUGCAGGCCGUGGCGGAGGUCGACGGCGACGAGGAGCUGGAUUUUGCCGCCCGGAAGCCUGUCGCUCGGCCGGAGGCCGGGGGGGAUGCCGGCGGUCAGGCUGAGGCCGGUGAGGACAGGAUCAAGGGCCUGCUGGACGGCUACUUUGGGGCAGACGAGACGCUGGAGGACGAGGGGGACCGCUUCCUCAAGCGCUACAUCCUGAGCAAGGGGUGGGUGGACCGCGAGGGCGGCGAGGCCUCGUCCUCGGGGGAUGAGGCAGGGACGGGCCCGGACUAUGAAGAGGAGGAGGAGUACCUGCAGCAGGCGGAGCGGUACGAGCACAAGUACAACUUCAGGUUCGAGUAUCCGGGGUCGGAGACCCUCGUCACCCAUCCGAGACAGAUCGAGGGCACGGUGAGGAAGGAGGACGACCGAAGAAAGCGGCGGAGGGCGGAGAAGGCGGCGCGGCUCGCCGCGCAGGAGGAGGAAAGGGCGGCCGAGAUGCGCAGGCUGAAGAACCUGAAGAAGGAGGAAGUGAAUGCCAGGCUGAGGGAGAUCCAGGCAGUGGCCGGCGGGACGGCGCCGCCGGCGGAGCUGCUCCAGGCUCUGGCUGACGACGAGUUCGACCCAGACGAGUACGACCGCCAGAUGGCAGCCGCCUACGGCGAAGACUUUUACGAGGCGGAGGAGGAGGAUCCCGAGGCACUGGAGGCUGAGUAUGAGAAGCAGCUGGAGGCUCUGGCCUUUGGCUCCGGCACCGACGACGAUGAUGCUGGCGGCAGCGACCAGCGCCCGACCUCCGCCACCACGUACAAGGGCGUGGAUGCGCAAUCGUUCGGCCUUUCCAGCAGCGAGAUCCUGGCCAUGGCCGACAAGGAGCUGAACCAGGUGGUGGGCCUCAAGCUGCUCGCGCCCUACAGGGACGAGCACCGCAAGGUGCGGCCAAACUACGGGGCCGUGAACGCCCUGAAGCAGCAGGUUGCGGCGCAGGCCGGCGCCAAGCGCAAGCGGGGCUCCAGUGGGCAUGGGGAGAAGGGGCCGGUCUGGCGCCACGGCGACGUGCGGGAAGGGGCCUCGGAGGGCAUGCCCAAGGCCCGCUUCAGUCCCAGCAGCCAGUCGGCAGCCAGCGCGGAGGAGCUGCGUGCCGCCACGUAUGCAGCGCCCCGGGUGCAUCGGCCAGACAAGGCGGGCAUGUCCUCGUCCCUCCUCCCGCCGCGGAAGAAGAAGAAGAAGGCGGAGCGGGAGGGGGCCCCCACCCCUGCGUCAAAGUAUGCCGGACUUCCAAAGGCCCACCAGAAGAACCUGAGGCGUCACGAGAAGCGGGCGAAGGCGCGCGGUAAAGCCCGGGGGGUGGCGGCGGCAUGA